GAGAAACAUGAACUUCGGCUGUCCCUGCUCGUGCGUCCCGCAUGAUCGACACCAUUUGCCUUGGGCAACAAUGCAAAUGCUUCGUGGAUCCUUGGAAAACAAUCCAAAGAGUUGCCCAUCGGUCCGUCUUUUAAACCCAUUUCGGGAUUGACCCCAUGUCAAACUUUUUCACCGCCUAGACGAUGUUUCUUCGUCGCGUCCUCCCGUCUCCCAAGCACCGCUUGAGAGAGGCUUCGAAUUUGCUCCAGAGAGUAUAUGAAGUAUGGAAGUUUGGUCCGCAGAGGAAGGUUCAAACUUUUAAUUAUUCAAAAUCCUCCAGAAAUGGUAAUGGGCAUCGAAAUGUGUAUCCUGUAUUUCCUGCAGAAGCAGAUGCUUCUCGGCCUUGGCGAAACUAUCUCAUCCCUAGUCUUAUGGUUGGAGGUGUUGUCGGGGCUGGAGUUCUAGUCCGUUAUAAUGACGAGAGGAGAGCAACUUUAAAAGGUCAAGGUAGUACCAGGGAAGGAAAUGCGGUCAGGGGACCGAUUAUUGGUGGACCAUUUACUUUAAUUGACACGGAACAUCGGAUUGUCACUGAAAAGGACAUCAAAGGAGAAUGGGUACUCCUCUAUUUCGGGUAUACAUCAUCACCUGAUGUUGGUCCCGAACAACUCAACACAAUGGCGAAGGCUAUUGACACAUUAGAGUCAAAACAGAAUGCAGAGAUUUUACCAGUCUUUGUCACGAUUGAUCCUCAGAGGGAUACACCUUCUCAUCUCCGUGCUUAUCUUAAAGAGUUCCAUUCGAGAAUAACUGGACUUACAGGACCUGUCGCUGCUGUUAGGCAGAUGGCGCAGGAAUACCGAGUUUACUUCAGGAAGGUCGAAGAGGACGGGGAUGAUUAUCUUGUAGAGACCUCUCACGACAUGUACUUGCUGAAUCCGAAGAUGGAGGUGGCGCGCUGCUUCGGAGUGGAGUACGGUGCUGAAGAACUGUCGGAAGCAAUAGCCACCGAAAUACAGAGAAACCCAAGAAACUCUGUUGCUGAUUGUUUCGCACCUUGAAGCAAUUUUCAUAUCUCGGACCGAUCUCCCGAGGCCUUGUAUCCCUGGGAAAUAUGGUUCAUAAACUGAAUCAAACGAGUUAAUUUGCGCCUCGUUGACAAAAGAUCAUGUGAAAUGGCGAUGUUUGUUUUCUUAUCA